CCAUUCCUAAGAGAAUUCUUAAUAAAUGAUCCAUCAAUUCAACACCCAUUCACAAAAUUUGAACAAGUUAAUGAUACAACAUGUAUUUUAAUAUCAUCAUUGAUCCCAUUAAUCUCAAUAACCUUGGUCUUACUAUAUCAAAACAAUUUCCAACCUCAAAAAAUCCUACAAUCAAAACAACGAUUAAUCAAAUUCCAAUUAUCAAUAUUAGGACUGAUCCUAACAUUAUCAAUCACCGGUACGAUUACAGUAUUCCUCAAAAACCUCAUAGCAAGACCUCGUCCUGAUUUCAUUGAUCGUUGUCAACCGGACCCAUCCAAGCUAACUUCAAAAUUACUAUACACUAUAGAUAUCUGUACAAGACCCGAUAAGGAAUUGAUCUUGGAAGGUUUAAGAUCAACACCUUCAGGCCAUUCAUCAAUUUCAUUCUCCGGGAUGACCUAUCUAACACUGUUCCUCUGUUCCCAAUGGAGGGUGUUUUCGAACAGGACAAGGCUGCAUUUCUUGUUUUGUGCUGCGUUGCCGAUUUUCAUUGCGGUUUGGAUAGCAUUAUCAAGGACUCAGGAUUAUAGACAUCAUUUUGGGGAUGUUACAAUGGGUGGGAUGAUUGGUGUGGUUGUGUCAUGGGGUUGCUUUAGGAAAAUAUUCCCAAGUGUUGUGGAU